AACAAAUUAAAUACUUAUUGUAUUAGGAAGUUAAACGAAUGUGCCAACCCAUCAUAUGUAAUAACCACUGUUAGUUGAUAAUAGAGGUUUGAUCGAGUGCGUUGAAGAUGAAGCGGUGGCCCCUGAUCGUAAGUGCCUUACUAGUGCUAGGGUCAAUAAGAUGUGAUGAAGAAGAGUCAAAUGGGAAUGCUGAGGUUUCUGAAGUAGGUAUAGAAGGAAUACCAUACAACAGUCCAGUUGCAGCACCAGGGCAAUUCUUUUUUGCUGAGCAUUUUGAUAACCUUCAGAAUUUUAAUAAGCGAUGGAUUCGAUCUGAAGCAAAGAAGGAAGGAGAUUUAGAUGAGGAAUUAGCAAAAUAUGAUGGUGUUUGGGAAGUGGAAGCUCCACAGAAACAGCUCAUGAAAGGAGACUUGGGAUUAGUUUUGAAAUCAAAGGCUAAACAUGCAGCCAUUUCAGCAAAAUUAGAUAAACCAUUUGUAUUUAGUGACAAACCUCUAAUAGUACAAUAUGAAGUCACAAUGCAGGAUGGUCAAGAAUGUGGAGGUUCAUACAUUAAAUUAUUAUCAGCUGGACCUGGUACUUCAAAUCUUAGAGAGUUUCGUGAUAACACUCCAUACAGUAUUAUGUUUGGUCCUGAUAAAUGUGGAGUGGACUCUAAAUUUCAUUUCAUAUUUAGACAUACAAAUCCUUUAAAUGGAUCAAUUGAGGAAAAGCAUUGCAAAAAACCAAGGGAACGCUUUGAUGAUGUCUUCUCUGAUAAAUUACCUCAUUUAUACCGACUUGUUUUGAGACCAGACAAUACAUUUACCAUAACUAUAGAUGGUAAGGUCGUUAAUGAAGGAUCUCUGUUAUUAGACUUUACACCACCAGUUAAUCCUCCUCAAGAAAUACCUGAUCCUGAUGAUGUCAAACCAGAAAAUUGGGAUGAUAGAGAAAAGAUACCUGAUCCUGAAGCAAUAAAACCUGAUGAUUGGGAUGAGGAUGAGCCUGCACAAAUUGUUGACCCAUCUGCAGAAAAACCUGCUGGUUGGUUGGAUACUGAAGAAGAAAUGAUUCCUGACCCUGAUGCAGUCAAACCCGCUGAUUGGGAUACUGAUAUGGAUGGUGAUUGGGAAGCUCCUUUGAUUCCUAAUCCUGCUUGUGAAGGUGCUGUUGGUUGUGGCUUAUGGAAAGCACCAUUGAUAUCAAACCCGAAAUAUAAAGGAAAAUGGCGAGCACCAUAUAUUACUAAUCCUAAUUAUAGAGGGAAAUGGGCACCUAAAAUGAUAGCCAAUCCUGGUUAUUUCCAAGAUUUACAGCCUUUUAAAAUGGCUCCUAUAGCAGCUGUUGGUAUAGAAUUGUGGUCAAUGUCUUCUAAUUUAUUAUUUGAUAAUAUUGUAAUAACUGAUAAUGAGAAUAAUGCUAAUUCAUGGGCUGAUGCUACUUUCAUUCUUAAAAAAGUCCACCUUGAUAAAGAAUCGAAAUCACUACAGCAUCGAUUUCUGCGUCUGCUGAAUUUCAAGCCUUUGGCUUGGUUGGUAUAUGCAGUAUACUGUAUAACUCCUGUUUUAUUUUAUAUUCUAUAUCUUGGGCAUCGAUACAAAAAGGAAUCAUUAGUCACCCGAUUGUUGAACUAUACUCAUGACAGACCAUGGCUGUGGGCCAUUUAUGUUGUAGUAAUCGGGCUACCGAUAGCUUUGCUUUUAUUCUUCUGCUGUUCCGGAAAGGAUAAACAAGAGGAAAAAAGAGCUCAAGCAAAAAAGACUGACGAACCAACAGCUGAUGAUUCUAAAUAUGAAAGAUUGUCUCGCUCUGGGUCUCAGAAUUUGAAGGAGAACUUGGAGAUUCCUCAAACAGAUGAAGUUGUUGAAAAUCAUGAACCAGUGGGUGACGAAGAAGAGGAUUCAGAAGUUGAAGAUGAUGAAGACAAGGAUAAGGAUGAUGAAGUUAUUGAAACGAAACCUUCUGAAGCGGGUGAUGCUCCAAGGAAGCGCAGAACUAGAAAAGAAUAAUAUAGCUAUUCAAUUUGAAGUUUCAGUGCUUUAUUCUUCAGAGUACUACUAUAUGAAAUUAAAAAAUCAGCAUUAAUUUAUUUCCUUAAAUUGCAUUUUUAUCUUAUGAUAGACAUAUCUAUAAUUUUCAUUCCAAUUGGAAAACUACUAUUUGGACUCAUGAAUUUUUAAAAACCAAUUAUUUCAUAGAUUACAUAUUAAUUCAUGAGUUCAAUAUCAUAAUUA